GGGACACACAACCAGCCGGACUGUGGGAGCAGCCAUCACGACUAACACAGUCAAACACUGAGCAGACAGUCCUGGUGAUAAGGAUCACUGUGCUGGGUCUCUCUAGUCUCUCUGACUAGACCUGUCGCUGCUCUUUUCGCACAGCGUUAAAAACAUCCGAUUCCAAAAGUGGACAACAAACAAAGAAUGUCUGUCAAAACGCCCAUCUACCUGAAAACUUCCUCCCCCAAAAAAGGCAAGAAGCUCAAACUGCGGGACAUGCUGUCGGGUGACAUGAUCAGUCCCCCCCUCGGGGAUUUCCGGCACAGGUCCCACAUCGGCCAAAGCGGCGAGAACGAUGUGUUUGGCGAUGUCUCCUUUCUGAAGGGACAGCACGACCUUCUCUCAACCCUGAAACGAUCCAAGGAACCGGAGGAAUCAGGACCCCCAAAGCCUCCUCGCCUCCACCUAGAAGAGCCGGAGGAAGAGCCCACCUACCUCACCCGCAAGGCUCCUAUCUUCAUCACAGCAGACCAUCGCCCACCCUCGCCCGAUCCUGCGCCAGAGGCAGCCGGCCUGCAGCAGGCAACCGGGCUCUGGGUGGCAGGGACUCACCCGCAUAGUGGGAUGACGGGCGAGGACACGAGUAGCCCCACGAGCGAGCUCACCACCUCCGAAUCCAUGUUUACAUUUGACCUGGAUCUGGGGCCUUCGAUCUUGGGGGAUAUCCUCAAGAUCAUGGACAACCACAAGUCCUAAUGCUUCCUCCGGAUAAGCUCCCGGCAGUAAGAUUGAUAACUCCAAUUUCCUGGAUUACACUGGAUUCGCGGAAUCCCUCCUCCUUGCUCGGACAUGUUAAAUACGCCUCAUAAUCCUCGUCCUAACCCCAUUCCACCGUUCCCAUCUCCCUUCCACUUACGUUCGCCUCCUCUCUUGAACCCAUUUUACUCUCUUCAUCCUCCUGCCUUGGGGUGGAGUUCCAUAGGCGCUGGUCGCCCCCUGGAACCUUUCGCUCUAUUUGUGUGUCAAAGUGAAAAGGCCAAGACUGGGGCUGAUAGGGACCAUCAGGAAGUGCCCCAACAUGUCCACUUUCAGGUGAGAUCGCUGCCCAGGGAUGGGGAGCGGGGACCCUGGCUGAUUUUAGCCCUGGGACAUCGAGCACUGAGACCAGUUGUAACCCACCUCCAACCUCCCCCACCCACCCACACUCACACACUGUUGCCCUGGCUGAGAUUAGUCCAGCCCGAGCAGCGACCUGGCUCCUGCCUGCUUAACUGUAUGCAUUUUUUAAAAAUGGAACGGCAGUAAUGUACGGGUGUAAUCAGCAAUAAUAUCACAAUAUUCAACACUGAACGUUGCUAUUCAUACACUGACAUGACAGCAUAAAGGCCCAGGCUGUUGCUGGCUUCCCUCCACUGCAGCUCAUUGCUCUGAUCCCAAUUCCCUGUCCUUUCGUCUUUUCCAUUCUUCCUCUUCUAUCCACUCCGCUUUCAAAUGUUCAUACUCUUGUGUCAUGCUCUACUUUUGGUAAAGCAUUUCACAACCUGAUAACCCUCUAUGUGAAAGGGUCUCUUGUAACCUGCCCUUUGCCUUUCCCAGCACAUUCCUGCGACUGGUUAUCUAUCCCGUUCAAAGUCUAUAUACAAGAAACCUGACCGCUUUCCGCUUCAGCUGACCGGGGACAAACCACAGAGCUCCCUUCCCAUUUGUAAAGGAAACCUCUGAUCUAAAGCCGUGCCUGGAGAGAGAAAAUGCUUGUUACUCCAUCGCCAGUGAAUUCAUGGCGGAUUUGGAAGUAAUUCACCUGCAAUAAAGAACCGUCAAGGGCCAAAAAUACCAUCCUCGUCUCCUGGCAACAAUGCAUUGGCUUGGUGUACAACGUUAGCUGCACUGUUUGUUCAGUGACACCGAGUACUGUGGACAAUGGUCUCCAAGCGCUUGUUAACAUGUGUGUAAAACUCUAUGGAGUUACUAUUUAUUUAGCAAAGGGUAAGGGUGAAUAUAAACAGCUGUGUUUGAAACCGC